AUGGAAGAAUAAAACGUUGAACCAAUAACAGGCUAAUACAUCAAAUAAAUCCAAGAAGAAAUAGACGCCUAAAUCUACCAAAAUCAACAAAAUUAAGAUGAAGAAAACUAAAAUCUAUUAGUUCCUUUAAAAUCAGAUUGCUAUUAAAAAAAAAAGAAAAACUUUUCAUAAAUAAAGUACUAUUUAAACUCUAAAAAGUCUCAAAUAAGAUAAAAAAUAAACUAAAAUCACGAUUUAUUAUCUAUUAUAUGCAUUCUUUUAAUAAUCGGAAUAAUUUUAUUAAUAUUUGCUUUUUUUAGUUUAUAUUUAAUAAACAUAUUAAAUUUAACUUCAAAAUUUAACAAAAAAGAAGAUUUUUCAGAAAAAUACAUAAUAAAAUCAAAAACAGAUAAAAAUGAAUAUAAACUAAAAACAUUAUAUAAUGGUUUAUAGGUAAUGAUUAUUAAAAACACAAAUAAAAAUUUCUCUAUUGUAGCAUUAGAUGUCAAAGCUGGAAGUUUUCAAUAAAAUAUAAACGGAUUAGCACAUUUAUUGGAACAUAUAUUAUUUCUUUCAAAUGAAAAAUAUCCGGAUAUUAGUUCUUUGGAUAAUUUUUUAGCAUUAAAUGGAGGUUAUUCAAAUGCAGAAACUUAAAAUGAAAAUACUACUUUUUAUUUGAAAGUAAAUACUAAUUAUUUAUAAGAUGUACUUGAUAUUUUUUCUAAUAUGUUUAUUUCUCCUAUAUUUGAUGAUAUUUUAAUCAGAAAAGAACUUUUGGCUGUAAAUGAUGAAUAUGAGAUUGAUAUUAAUGAUUCUGGUUGGAAAAUAUUAAAUUUAUUAAAAUUAUUAGCUAAUCCAUAACAUCCUUUUUCUAAAUUUAAUAUUGGAAAUGCCGAAUAAUUAUCCUAAGUACCUAAUCUGGCUGAAAACCUAUAAAACUUUAAAGAAAAAUACUAUACAAGUGAAAAUAUGAAGCUUACUUAAAAAUGGAAAUUUAUUUUGAAGGUAAAAACUACGUUAUUUUCGGUUGUAAAAUUACAGUAUAAAGUCUCUAAAAAAGCCAAGAAAUAGUGA